AGAAAAAUAAAACAACAAGAUCAAUUAGUUAUUCCGACGCCAGGUGCCUGUGAUUAUUUGUACAUCAAUGCAAAAUUGACGAACCCGGGCAGGCAUUGAUAAAAACGUAAUCUAGGGGACUGAAAAUGAGAUAAAUAGAGCAAAGAUAGAUAAACAUCCCAUGGCGACUUCCGACGUUAACCCAGUGUUCAAAGAGUUGCAGACUUUGACGAAAAAACUUGCGGAAUUGGAGGCUUCAAACGCCAAGGUUUUGAGAAAACUGACGGAGGACAACAAAGAAAGGUUGGACAGUUCUUUGACCACAAAUAUAACAGAAUUCCUCGCCAACUUAAACUCCUUGAAAAUUGAAAGUGGUAGUAGAGACAAAGAAUUAAGGAUACUGAAAGAUAAUGUCUCCAAAUUAAAGGAAGGAAUCGCUGAACUUUCGUCAAGCAUUAGCGGCUUUAAAAAUGAAGACAUUUCUGCGUCUUGGAAUAAAGAUUCUGAUAAUUCAAAGAGAUCUGUUGACAAAACAGCAGAUAAAGAACCAAAACAAAGAACAUUAACAUUACCAGCUGAUUCAAGUAGAAAUAUACCUGCUUCAGCAAAUGUAGAUAGCGGAAGGAAACAGGUACCAAGUGAGCAGCAGUCAGAGACGUGCCAAGAAGAGCUGGUGAGUACAGUUAAGGAGGUCAUUCAGUCGCAGGGGUCUCCUGAACGACCACCCCUCUCUAGAAAUAAAUACGGACUCAAAUAUCGAUCUGUGAGCAUCAAGAAUGACAAUCGCGUGAAAGUGUUAGAAGGCAAAGAAAGAGAGACAGACCAAUCUUUCCAGAAUAUAUCCUCAUCCCAAACAAAAGACAAACUUAAUCUGCCGACGAGGGACGCAAUAAAGAAACUCCAAUUGACACCAAAGGCAGAAAGAACCAGCGCAAGACCGAAACAGAAACCUCAUCCUUUAUCAACCAAGAACGAGUACAGAAACCUCGCCGGGUUAAAUAAAGAUCCGGACGAUGUUAAUGAAGUUAAAGACUUGAAUAGCUGGAAAAGAUUAGCAGAAGAAGAAAAACUAAAGGGUCAAAUUCUAAGUCCAUUGAAGAAAGGGAAAGGACCGGAUACUUGUUUAUUGUUAGAUAUGUCUGGAAGUAUGACGGGAGAACCAUUUAAUGAAAUGAUGGCGGCAGUUAGAGUAUUUGUGGAAGGUAUAUCAACCAUAUCCGUAGCAUUGGGGAUUAACGAAAACAUAGGAAUUGCUACGUUUGGGACACAGACAGAAGUAGUACUACAUAUGACGAAUGAAUAUGACAAAGUUCUAGAAGCAGUUGAAUUAAUGUUUCCUUCUGGACCCUCUCCUAUGGCCGCUGGACUGUACAUGGCACUAGCAUGCUGUCUGGGUCACGGUCACCUAACAACUAUAGGAAAAAUUCCAGUAGGGGGCAGAAUCAUUCUGUUCAGUGAUGGUAAAGGAACACCUGACACCACAACAGCAGGAGAGGAUGAUCUCGAGUCCCCGUUUGAAUUUAUGAAAGACGUUUGGCUAAAAGAAGCUGCAGAUGAUCUUGCAAAAAGGAAGAUUCGAGUAUAUGCUGUCCCCGUUUGUAGUUCUGAACCGCAAAUGAUGGAAACAGUCUGCAAAACAACACAUGGAAAGAUGUACAACAUCAAUGAGACCCAUGAACUUAUCAAAAUGACCCAAAAUACGAUACAAGCGAUCAAUAUGAUUGGGAAUGGAUUUGAUUUUGAUGGUGCAUCAGCAGGGAAACAAAGCUCGCCGGAAUUUUCCAAACAUAUGCUUGGACCAGACUGGGAAGAAGUUGAACAUCUGGGAAAGUUUUUGGUUAAUGAGGUUUCCUUCAUGAGUAAUAGAGAGCUUGAAGGUAGUCACCUCCCUCCAUUAGGUUCUCGGGUCAGAAGAGGACCAGAUUGGAAGUAUAAUAACCAGGAUCAGGGUGGACCAGGGACAAUAGUAGGCCAUGAUGGAGAUCAUAUAAAUGUUUGGGUCGAAUGGGAUUGCGGUCAUACAAACGUAUAUACAUUUAGCCCAUUAUUUGGCAGAGACCUUGUAUUGGUCGACGAGCCGCGUGUUCUUUUUAACGAAAUAAUUGCUGUGGGAUGUUUAGUUGAACGAGUAACUGACUGGAAAUAUGGAGAUCAAGAUGGUGGAAUUGGAAGCAUUGGGGUUGUUAUCAAUGUCAACGCAAAUGGAAACAUACUCGUCAGAUGGCCCAAUAAAAAUAAGUGCCGUUAUAAAUUUGGAUGCGACGGUUUGUUUGAAGUCAAAUUAUGUGAUCGAAAAAAUAUACAUGAAAGGAGCAGAACACAAGUCACAAAACAGGAAAAACCUGUGAUGGGCGCUGAGAAACGUGAAUCGACCAGCAUAUUUAAAUUGGACAAGCAUGAAGAGGAUCGCAAGAGUCUGAAAGUGGAAGAACGUGUGUCUUUAGAAGAGUUAAAUAGACGCAACCGUCAAAUGCAACCUAAGGAACAAACAGAUUUAGACAAAAUAACAUGGACAUAUAAAAAAGACGGUGAAUGGCAUUGUAUACCAAAAGAUAUCAAUGAUAAAAUGGAGAAAGCGUAUGGCCGUAACAAACAUGGUUCAACAAUUCUUGAGCUAGAUGGACAUAUAUGGAGAGCAAAGUUCUCCGAUAUGAAAAUGAUAUGUCAGAAAACACACGCAUGUACUGAGAUAGCGAGGAAAGAAAACAUAACCACGUGGUCAAGAAAAAUGUCGACUUCAGACACAGUUUGCAAAGAGUUGCAGACGUUGAAGGCAAAACUUGAGGACUUAAAAACCUCAAAGUCAAAGGUUUUAAGAAAAUUAUCUGAAAGUAACAAAAGAAGGUUGGAAAGUCCUAUGCUCACGACUAUAACAGACUUGCAAAGUACAAUACUUUCCUUAAAAACCCAAAGUGAAAAUAGAGAUCAGGAACUUGGGAUUCUAAGAGAGAGGACGUCUGCAUUAAAUAAAACUGUAAAUCAACUUUCACGAAGAAUACCAUGUCUGAAAAAACAAGGAAUUCCUGUAUAUCAAAAUAAAAGUGAUUUAAAAUCAAAUGAAACAUAUGGGCUACCCUGGCCAACAUUAAAGGAGGGUCCAACGUCAAUGACUUUGGAGCUACCUAAUUCAGUUAUCGACCUGUCAGAAAAAUCUGAACCUGAAAAGAAACGGGGUUCGAUUUCCUCCACGAAUUCAACAGAGAUAAGAACAGAGAAAAAAUCCCAAGAACUUCCACCAAAACCACUUCUUACCAGAAAUUAUUAUGGACUGAAAUGUCGUUUAGUUUCAACUGUUGAAGACAAUCGUGUGAAAUGUCUAGAAGACAGAGACCGGGAACUGUUUAGAACGCCAUUGAAAAGUCCAUCCCUUGAUACAGACGAUAAGCUUAAUCUACCGACGAGAGAUGAAUGUAAAAAGCUUUUGAGGACAAAAAAGGCUGGUGGUACCAAAUCAAAAUCAAAACCUUGUCGAUUAUGUCAUUAUAGAAGCCCCCAUCGUCAAGCCACAACACGGAACGAAUUUAGAAAUCUAGCUGGACUUAAUAAAGAUCCAAACGACGAACCAGACGUCAAAGAUUUAAACAGCUGGAAAACCCUAGCUGAGAUCGAGAGGAGAAAGGGACUAUCAAUGAGUUAUUUGAAGACAGGAAAAGGGCCGGAUACUUGUUUAUUGUUAGAUCUCUCUGGAAGUAUGGUUGGUGAGCCGUUUAAUGAAAUGAUGGUGGCAGUGCGAACAUUUGUUGAAGGUAUAGCAACUGUGUCUGCAGCAUUGGGGAUAGAGGAAAACAUUGGUAUUGCUACAUUCGGUGAACAAACAGGAGUAAUUCAACACAUGACAAAUGAUUAUGACAAAGUGCGAGAGGCACUUGAGUUGUUGGUUCCUUCUGGACCCUCUCCUAUGGCUGCUGGAUUGUACAUGGCACUAGCAUGCUGUCUAGGGCACGAUUCGAAUACCCACAUAGGACAAAUACCUCUUAGGUGCAGAAUUAUAAUAUUUACGGACGGUAAAGGUACACUGGACACGAAAACGUCGGGAGAUGACGACUUUGAAUCACCGCUUGACUUUCUGAAAAGUGUGUGGCUAAAAGAAAGUCUAGAGAAACGAAGUAUCCGAGUUUAUACUGUAUCCGUUUGCAGUACUGAACCAGCUUCCCUAGAAGAAGUCUCUAAAACAACACAUGGAAAGAUGUACAAGAGUACCGAAGUCCACAUGCUUGUCAAAAUGACUCAAAAUAUGGCACAAGCAGCAAACAUGAUUGAAAAUGGGUUAGAUUUCACUGAAUCUUCAGUGGACAAUCCAGGAGUUGCAGAGAAAAUCAUUCGUUAUACUAAUGGGGAAGACUGGGAAGACAUUGUUCUACUGGGAAAGUUUAUGCAGAGAAAUUCUAACUUUAAUAACUAUACAGAGCUAGAAGAUAGUAACUUACCACCACUGGGUUCUCGGGUCAGAAGAAAGCCAGGAUGGAGGUAUGGGGACCAGGAUAUGGGCAGACCAGGGACGGUAAUUGGGCAUGAUAAAGAUCGUAUGUCCGUGUGGGUUGAAUGGGAUCAUGGCAAAGCUAAUGUCUAUAAGUGUCAUGCUCUUUUUGGCCAAGACGUUAUUUUGGUUGAGGAGCCGCGAAUUCUAAAGGAUGAGAUUAUUGCUGUUGGAUGUUUUGUUGAACGAGGUGAUGACUGGAACUACGGCGAUCAAGAUGGAGGUAUAGGAAGCGUUGGAGUAGUCCUAAAUGUCAACGCAAAUGGAUUGAUAAUCGUCAGAUGGUCAGACAAAACUAAAGGUCGAUACAAAUUUGGAUUUGAUGGCUUAUUUGAUGUAAAGCUAUGUGAUCGAGUUAAUUCACAGGAAAAAAAGGGUAUGCCAUCACAAGCUGCAGGAGCUGAGAAAACUGAACCGUACCUUUCAUCUGACUCAUCCUCGGGUCAAUUAAAACAUCAUGACAUAUUUAAUCGGGAAUCGACAAAAGACGACAGUAGUAAUAAAGCAAGAAAAAAACCAAUGUCAAUCGAGGACUUUAACGAACAAAAUCGACGACUUCAAAUGAAUGAAAGAAAUGAAGCGUCAGCAGUCGAGGUAGCAUGGGCAUAUAAAAAAGACGGAAAAUGGUACAAUCUCCCAAGAGCUGUGAAUGAAAAAGUGGAAAAGGCUUAUGGACGAAACAAACAAGGUGCAACAAUUCUGGAACUUGAUGGAUGCAUAUGGAGAGUUCUCCGAUAUGAAAAUGACAUGUCAGAAAACACACGCACACACACUGAGAUAGCGAGGAAAGAGUCUGGUAUUAAAUUGAAAGGACGGAUUUCUUUCCUAAUUAAGAUAAACUCAUACAGCACAAAAGGCCAAAUGAAGAAAUUGGAAAUCAUCUAUAUUUCAGGGGGAAAAGCAUUGAACGCAAUUUUAUUAACACAAAUUUAGUCCUAUGAAGAUAAUUGAAUGUCUAAAUAACUCUACAUCAUAAUAAAUGAUUUAACUGAUCAAGUAUAAUCGUUAUGAAUGCAUUGUAAGGCACAUCAGAUCACACCAGUCUGAAAGAUGUUUUUAUGUUUAAAAAACCAUAUUCAUUUAAAUAUUGUAAUAAGAGACAGAGAUAACAGCACAUGUUUUAAUUAAUACUAUCCUGUUCCAAUCCAAGUUGACACUAAUUCAAUAUAUUUACAUUCUUCAGUGUCUUUGUCUGUGAUAACACUACGUAUCGAUUUUGUACUAUAUAACUCAUAAAGCCAAAUUGAGGCGCCAGCAGGGUUCGCUUAUUUAUAUUUAAAUAUUUCAUCGUACUAUGGUUUAAAAUUAUAUAAAUAUAAGUAAUUAGGAAUCAUUCUUUGAAUAUUAUGAGGUGAUAAUUUCGGUCGGGGCGUGAUCAAAUCUAUCAUAAAGCCCUUCGGGCUUUAUUGGAUUUGAUAACGCCCCCAUCAAAACUAUCACCUCAUAAUACUCAAAGAAUGAUUCCUUAUUCCUUAUCUGUAUACUUGCAUUUGUACAUGUAGUUAGUGUAAAUGAAAGGUGUACAUGUAUUUACUUUUCAUGAAAUGAUAAUCAAUGUGUGAAUAAAUCAAUUGUAACGAUUGAUAUCAUGAAUUUUAAUGUUUUAAAAGUAUAUUUAUAUACAUGCAUUAUACAUUGAUGUUAAUUUUGAUAGUUAAGUGAGCAUGACUCAAAUUAUCCGUUUUGGCAUUAAAAUAUGGAC